AUGGCCACCCCCACUAUUUACCAUUAUCUCGACAUUGGCAGACUAGGCCGCGGAGAGGUCGUGAACCUAUUUUUAAAGGAUGCGGGGUUGGACUACAAAGACAUUCGCUACCCUUACGACAACACCUGGGCAGAGACCAGCAAAAAGCUGCGUGAGAGUGGACUUACUAGGACCGGUCAACUACCUACCCUUGAAUAUGGCGGUUCUGUAAUCACCCAGCACAUUCCAAUCCUGCGUUAUCUUUCGCGCGAUCUCGGCGCUUACGAUGGUGACACCAACUGGGAGAAAUACCUGGUUGAUGCGGUGGCAGAUAUCUACAUUGACUGGAGGUCUCAAUGGGUAGCCAACUUGAAAGGAGCAACCGAGUCCUACAAGAAGGAGUGUGCACCCAACUACUAUGAUCUCGUCGCUCAGUAUUACUCCGAUGUCGAGGGACCUUACCUCCUUGGUGAUAAGAUCACCUAUGCCGAUUUUGCUGUUUAUCAGUCUAUUGACAACGAUAUAAGAACGGGUACCAUUCCGGAUACUCUUCCUCCAGCUCUUGCUAAAUUUGUGGAGGCCUUUGAAGCGCGGCCAAAUAUUUCUGCGUACAUUGAGCAGACCCGGCACGCGAAAGCAUAGAUUGUGUGUUAUUCUCUCU